AUGGCGGAGCGUUUAAAACCCUUCGGAGCCGCUUGGAAGCGUGUGGACCCGUUCGUUACCGCUUGGAUUCGCUUCGGAAGCGUUUGGAUCCAUUUGGGAGCGUUUAGGACCGCUCGGAGGCGUUCGGACCCGUUCGGAACCGCUCAAAACAGCUCGGAAGCGCUCGGGAUCGUUCAGAACCGUUCGAAAGCCGCUCGGGACCGUUCGGAACCGCUCGGACCCGUUCGGAAGCCGCUCGGACCCGUUCGGAAGCCGCUCGGACCCGUUCAGAAACGCUCGGAAGCCGCUCGGGACCGUUCAGAACCGUUCAAAGCCGCUCGGACCCGCUCGGAACCGUUGAGAGCCGCUUGGAACCGUUCGGAACCGCUCGGACCCGUUCGGAAACCUCUCGGACCCUUUCGAAGCCGCUCGGAUCCGUUCGGAACCCUUCAGAGGCGCUCGGGACCGUUCAGAACCGUUCAAAGCCGCUCAGAACCGCUCGGACUCUUUCGGGACCCGCUCGGAACCCUUCGGACCCCUUCGGAGGCGCUCGGGACCGUUCGGACCCGUUCGGACCCGUUCGGAACCGUUCGGACCCCUUCGGAGGCGCUCGGGACCGUUCAGAACCGUUCGGACCCCAUCGGAACCCUUCGGAACCGCUCGGAACCCUUCGGACGCGCUCGGGACCGUUCAGAACCGUUCGGAACCCUUCGGAACCGCUCGGACCCGUUCGGACCCGUUCGGAGGCGCUCGGGGAUGGAGCUGGCGCUGGUGCUGGCGCUGGCGCUGGGCGCGGCGCGCGCGCUCUCCACGUGCCGCUCGCUGGACCUGGAGGCCGCGCGCCGGAAGCGAAUCGAGGCCCCGUCGCUGCCUGAUGACGUCCGCGCGCUCUACAACAGCACGUGGGAGCUGCUGCAGCAGCAGCAGAGGGAGAGGUGGGCGCCCCCUGCCGGCCCGGAGGACUACUACGCCAAGGAGCUGCAUCGCUUCCCUAUGGAGCCCCCGGGAGACGCCCCCGCAGGCUCCGCCCCCCCCGGCCGCCCCCUCCUGCUGCGCUUCAACGCCUCGCGCGUGCGCGAAGAGCUGGGCCGGGGGGCGCUGCUGCACCGCGCCGAACUGCGCAUGCUCCGCCAGAGGGCGCCCGAGGGCGGCGACCAACAGCGCCUGGAGCUCUAUCAGGGCUUUGGCAACGCCUCCUGGCGGUACCUGCAGGGCCGCUGGGUGCGGGCGGCCCCCGACGAGGAGUGGGUCUGGUUCGACGUCACCGAGGCCGUGCAGCAGUGGCUGGGGGGCAAUGACCCCAUAGGCACGUUCAAACUGAGCGUCCAUUGCCCCUGCGACGAGCCGGGCCCGCCCCCCGCCAUGCGCUUCACCUUCGAAGGGUUCGAGCAGCAGCGCGGGGACAUGCAGGGCAUCGCGCGCAAGCACCAGCGCCCCUACGUGCUGGCGAUGGUACUGCCCGAGGAGCGCGGCAACGACCUGCGCAGCGCCCGGCGCCGCCGCGGCAUCGACCCCCCCUUCUGCUUCGGCCCGGAGGAGCAGAGCUGUUGCCUGCGCCCGCUCUACAUCGACUUCCGACGGGACCUGCACUCCUGGAUCCACGAGCCCCCCGGCUACAUGGCCAACUUCUGUGGGGGGGGCUGCCCCUACCUCUGGAGCGCCGACACGCAGUACUCCAAGGUGCUGGCCCUGUACCGCAGACAACCCGGGGGCUCGGCCGCCCCCUGCUGCGUGCCCCAGAGCCUGGAGCCGCUCCCCAUCGUUUAUUAUGUGGGGCGCAAGGCGCGCGUGGAGCAGCUCUCGGACAUGGUGGUGCGGGCCUGCAAGUGCAGCUGAAACGGACC